AGCAGUUCUCUCACAGCAUUGAAAUGGAUGGAACCCUCAUCACGUGAGCAUCAUUUACUUAAUACUGCAGUCGGACGGCGAACGCGCUCGGGGGUGGCCGUCACGGCGCCGCGAGCAACGAUGAACGCCUCGCCUAUGAAACGCGAAGUGAUGUGGCGGCGUAUAAAUUUCAAAGCACGUUCCAAAAUUUAAAUCUCCUGCGGAAACCCGACCUCGCUGCUUUGGCCUAAAAUAAUAUUUGACCUCUUUCGGCUUGUCAACAAAACUUUUUAAUUCAACUUGGGUGGAAAUGAAAAAUUUUAACAUCCAUCUUUUCAGCAUGAUAAGAAGUGACAAGAUAAUUUGAAUUUUGUAAAUAAUCCGUCUUAGAAUGUUGGUUAAGUAAUUAUGUUAUUGUGAAGACUCUUUAUCAACAUGCCUUGUUGUGGCUGCUGGUGGAAUGGCAGACAGAGACAUCGGCCACCCGAGUCAAAUACUUCAGGCAACCCUCGCAACAAAUGUGCUCUACAGCCGGGUCACAGUCUCAUGGACUGGAUCAGAUUAGGGAACUCCGGCAAAGACUUGACUGGCGUCGGGGGUCGCAUUCGACCCGUCACUCCACAAGAACUAGCCACCCACAAUUCGGAGAGUGACGCGUGGUUAGCAAUUCGAGGGAGGGUGUACAACAUCACACACUAUUUGCCUUAUCACCCCGGAGGUCCUGAAGAAUUAAUGAAAGGCGCUGGUAUAGACGCGACUCAGUUAUUUGACAAAGUACACCCUUGGGUCAAUUUCGAUUCACUUUUGGCGAAGUGUGUCGUCGGUCCGCUGAGAUUUAACAUACCCGAUUCCGACGAACUCUUCGAUACAUCCAGCUCGUCACCUAAAUCUGACCGACUUAGAGAACCGUCGAAAACGCAAGAGCUCGUUAGGAAGUCCAUGGAAAAUUUAGCUAAUUGUAUAACUCCAGUGAGAAAGAAAAUUACAUCGAGAAGUGAGGAGAACGUUAAAAGUAGUCCUCCUAGUAAAAUUAUGCAAAGUUUGAUACAGUCUAGCGACUUACCUGUAUCAAUAAGCCGGAGGGCUGCGGCUAGUCCAACAAAAAGUGCAGAAAAAGUGGAUGUACCACCUCUACGCUAUGAUUGGAUACAGACAAGUACGAAACUUACUAUAUCAGUGUAUACGGGAGCUCUUGCGAACCCGGGCGGUUGCGCACGGAUCACAGAAGGCAUCCUACUAAUUGAAGUGGCGACAAACGGCUGGCUCAGAACACUGAAGUUGUUGCCCGAAGCGGAAUUAGAAGAACCCUUACAAUUACGUGUAUAUGCUGAAAGUGGAAAAAUCGACGUGAUAGCACAAAAAGCCGAUGCGCAUCUAUGGAAGGGCUGUGGUGAAGUGACGCUAGGUGUGGCGACGAGGGUCGCCUCCCCUAGAACUGUGGAGUGUCGCGUGGUGACGUCAGACGUCGUCACACACGAUUCCGUCAUGCUGACGGUGUCGCCUCGCUCCGGCCCCGUAGUCGUGCCACUAGGCCAUCACAUAAGGGUGCAUAUGAAGGUUGCAGGGUCCGAGUGCAUCAGAUCGUACACACCAGUCGGUGAGGGCUGGUUUCCGCAUGAAGACGCCUCGGCUUUAAGACUAGCUGUGAAGAAAUACCCCAACGGCUGUCUCAGCCCACAUCUCACCGCACUGAAAGUGGGAGAAACGGUGACGCUAUCAGGACCAUACGGUAGCUUCCAAUUAAAUAAGUUGAAGGCGGUAAAGAAAAUUUACUUCUUAGCUGCGGGCACGGGCAUCACUCCGAUGUUGGGAUUAUUGAACUUUAUGCUUUCCAGAUCUAACCUCAGAUGUGAGAGGGCGCAUCUAAUUUUCUUCAACAAAACUGUGGAUGACAUCCUUUUUAAAGAGAACUUCGAAGAAAUAUGUAAAGAGGAUAACAGAUUCGUGGUCACACAUGUGCUAUCAGAUGCGAAAUCAAGUUGGACUGGCCACAGAGGUCGUAUAAACCUCGACCUCCUUCACCAAAUCCUCGGGAAAGAUCCUCUAAAAUGUGGAGAUCAAUGUACGCACUUCGCAUGCAUCUGUGGACCUAUGGAGUUCACACAAACCGGCCUACAAUUACUUAAGAAAUGUUCAAUGAAAGACGAGUGUAUACACGCUUUUAUGGGUUAGGCUGAAUAAUGUAUAUGUGGAUAUUAGAAAAUAAAAAUACCUUUUUGUUGUUUGCCUUAAGUUAUAAAUUACAAAAGACACGACUUUAAAACCUAAAUUGAAAGCCGGCGGGGUGUUACAAUGAGGAAAUGAUUAGACUUUUAUUUCCUAAUUAUAAAUGCAUCACCCUUAUCAUAAUACCUAAUCCCAC